CUUGUGUGAUUCCCUUCUGCUGUCGUAUUUCAGAUACUGGCAGGGUCAUCCACUGGUGCCUUGUUUUAAUCAGAUUAGUGGAUUAGGAUUGUUUAUGCAGAUUACUUUAUAACCCAAAUUGAGGGAGAGGAGAGGGACUCUUCAGGAGGUAUUCAGGGGCGCAAGACAGCUGCUUGGACGCAUUCAGAAUGCCGGUAAUAAAUGUAGAUGACCUGACAGAUAAGGACAAGGCUCAAAUGGAAGUAGCUCAACUUAAAAUUGAAGUCAAACUUGAGAGGUGGUUGACCUCGAAAUGCUGUGAGGAGAUCAAGGACUACAUUCAGGCUGGAGUGGAAGAGGACACUCUUGUCAAAGGCAUUUCAGAGGAGAAAAACCCCUUCAAGGAGAAAGGAGGCUGCGUCAUCUGCUAGACUGAACAGCAGCUUUUCAUACUGCAGAUUAACACACAAGAACUUUAUCUCCCCCCUCUUCAUAAAAUGGAUUUGCAGCCAGAGAAGACUAGAAC